UUCUGCGACGGUGUAGACAUUUCAUCUCCAGAUCAAACUAAGAUAAUGGCGAAUAACGAAAGUGAAUUAAAAGAAAUUAUCAGAAAAGGGCGCGCUGUUGCUGCAACCCUUGGAAAGAUAUGCGACCGCACACAGUUGGGUGCCGUCGUUAAAAAAGGCCAAACUUCAAAACUGGACAUGGACCUGGAUCACAAUGUCAAACAAGGGCAAACUAUAAUUCAGAACCUUAACAGUGAAAGUUCUGUAAAUGAUCUGAAUCGUGCUCUAACUGAAUCCGUAGAACUGUUUGGACGGCCAAACCAAAAUGGUCCAAAGGCAAAGAAAAAAAGGAUCCAGUCCAGCUUCAAAGUCAAAUGUCCACAAAAAGCAAAGCCUUCUACUACACAUGGAGUCAAAUCAAGGCCAUGUCCAAAGCCAUGUCCAAAGCCAGCAGAAUGUUAUCUAGACCAGGCUCCAGCCCAGGCUCCAGAUCAUGGUUCUCUUGUAGAUGAGUUGCAAGAGCUUCUGUCAGCUGCUAGUUCUAACCUCCACUUUGAGGGAACCCCACAUUCAACAUCACUGCAUUGGGGCGCAAGGACAGCAGCUUCUUCUGAGAGAUGGAGGGAGGCUAGACCAUCUUUAAUCAGCAACAGGCUUGCAACAGAGCAUAUUAAGGAACAGCUGUGUUUGGAGUGCAAGAAGAAUGUGGCAGUUGUCAAGUGCAAAGACUGUUUGCCUAAGCAGUAUACCUGCAUUGACUGUGACACUGCAAUACAUCGUACACAAGUGUUCCACAACAGAACCUCCAUGAUUUUCGGGUUCCACAAGGCUGUACCUCCCACCACAGUGGUGAAGCAGGACUCUGAUGGGCAAUACUUUCACCAUCAUGAAGAUCGCCUAUUACCAAUGGCACUACCUAAUUCCAUAUGCAGUUGUGGAGAAGAAAAGUACAGCGUUGGAAUAGGGAGGUCUAUUACUGUAAUCAACAUGAAGGGUCGCUACGAACUGUCAUUGCCCCAUCUUCGCUGUGAGCAAUGCAGAGAAACAUGGAUACCAGGUGUGCUAGAAAUGCAGAAGAGUGGCUACUGGCCUGCAACUGUAAACUUCUGCACCAUUUAUGAUGAGGAAGUAUUCAUGUCCUUCGAAGACUUGAAAAUGGCUGCUCCAGGAUUGUCCCGUUUAGCAUUUAUAAGAAUGCUUGACAUGAAGACUGUGCACUAUGGCAGAAUCGGCACUUUAUGUGGUGAUGCGUUUUUGAAGAGUUAUUUUGAGUGGUCCAUCUGCCGUUAUGAGGUUGACAAGAUCUGUGGUGAACAACAUUUCAUGUGCCCUGCUUGUACCCCGCUAAUGCUGGCAGUUGCUGUGGAUGGCAACAGAAAACUUCAUCGUUUCAAAAAGGCUGGGAAUUCAGAGGACUCUGGCUACUUCGAAGGGUUGUUUCUUUGCAAGGAUGAGGAUGUAUCCUCUUUUGUUCAAUAUAUCCGCAAUAAAGUGCAACAUGUGGGAGGCAAAGGUGUUUGUGGAGCUGCGGAGUUUGCAGCUGCGAAAGAGUUUUCCAGAAAGACCAGCAGUAAAUUGGAUGAGGAGGGAGUUGAAGUUGCUGUCUGUAGGCAUGGUGUUCUUUUGAAGGCACUCAAUAUGUUUAGAGGAGAGAUCUAUGCAUAUCCUUUGUACUUGCAGAAAGAGCUCUGCACAGAAAAUUCAACUUUCUUUUGUGCUGACAUUAUGUGCAAAUACUGGCCAUACUUGAUAAAAGUUUGCCAGGCCUGCCCAGAACUGAGACAUCUUCUAAAUAUGAAACCAUUCCUUUCGGUUAUGCAUGCAAAAGUACAUGGCAUAAAAUGUGAGAUCAAAUGGAGUGGUAGCUUUCAAACGGGUGCUGCAUAUACCAUGGGGGAAGAAGUAGAACAAACAAAUAGCUUUUUAUCAAGAAUUGGUAUAAGCACGAAGUUCAUGUCUAAAGCAGGUCGCACAGAUUUGCUCACAUUGCAGUGUAUGGGGUGGAACAAAAUGAAGACUCAAAAUAUGUGCCAAACUAUUUGCACACGAUACCAAAAGACUCAGCUGAAUCUAAAGAAAGAGACUGAAAGCCUACAAGACAUGAAGAAUGAACUGGCUGUAGAUGAUGGUGUACUCCAUCAGUGGGUCACAGAUGUUCAGGAGUGGGCUCACACUACAACUGUAGGAGACAGUGAUGCUGCAAUUCAGACAACAAGGAACACAAUAGAAGAAUUAUCUUUGUGCAUUAAACAACGGCAGCAUCGUCUUUAUAGACACACUGCCACAAACAAGGGACGGAAUAAAAUAAGGAGAAAAAUCAAUGAUGAGAAAAAGAAGCUGGCUUUUGCCAUUGAACAGCACAAUGCCCUUGUUGACCCCGCCCUUAAGGUAGCGUCCGCUGAAGAGGUCCUUCAAAAUGACUUUGUUUUCCCCUGGCAACUAACAGAGCAAGAUGAUGUCAAUCUCUUGACAAAGAAAAAAGUCUUUGACAAGUUAAUGCUGAUUCAACGCCUAGAAGAAGAACAGACUGUUCUUGUUCAAGAGGCAAAGCAGCAUUGGCUGUAUCUAAGAAGUCAGGAACACAAACUGAACAGUUUGCUUGAUACCAUCAUUUCAGGUGUUAACCCCUGGAAUCUUCCAGAUGAUGGGAUUCAAGGACUUCAAUGUGUGUUGAAGAGAAAAUUACAUCAGUUAAGAGCUCACCAGGACACUGUAAAAACAAGUUAUCAGGCAAUAGACACCAUAAACCAACAUAUUACUGUUGAAGAAUGUGAAUAUCCCAGCUGGCCAGAAGACUCAGAAGCCCUUUAUUCAAGCAGUACUGAUCUGAGCUCUGAUGAAGAUGAUGCGUGUCUGCUGUAGUUAUUUGCUAAAUACAUUGCUAUCUAUAUCUAAUCUAUAACUCCUCUUUCUCCAUCUGUCUUCUCUUUUUUUCCCUCUGUUUGCAUUUGUGUUUGCCUUAUAAAAUGGAGAUGAAAGAUUAACUUUUUAAGGGAUGGAUUACGAUGUUAAUUGGGGUAUUUCUGAUGGGAUUUAAUUUUACAGACAUAUAUCCUGUGCAUUUUUACAGACAUGUGCUACAGUGGAUUGCUGGGAUUGGGGGCUGUAAGUGUAGUU